AUGGAGCUGAAAACGCUUUUACUUGCGCUAACGCUUAGCAGUGGUGUGCUUUGCACGGUGUACAAUCAAUCCGAGAGUGGCGAGUUGAAGCAUCUCACGCGGAAGAAGCGAUUCCUUUUAUUUCCACCCGGUGCUAACAUUCUGCUAACAUCCUCAUUUGGCAAAGGGAUGGUAUUUCGUGGUCCUGCUGGGUACGUUGCGAUUGGUGAGCUUGAUUUGUACUAUCCGCUGCCGGACUAUAAGUACCACGCGAGUGCUUUAAGACUGGGCGGCAUUGCGAUGUAUCCACCGGAACCGAAAAAACCAGCUCCACCACCACCACCUCCAGCUAUGCCAAACCCCAAAAAGGAAGAAGAUCAUCACCACGAUGGGGGUGAGUUGUCACCUGCUGAGGUGGAACAGUAUCUUAAAGAUCAUCCCGGAACCUGGGUACCACCGGGAUGGGGCAAGGAACGGGCUGAUUGGAACGCGAACAACCUCCAGUACCAGUCAGCGCCGUAUUGGGCUCAGGACCGUACCCAGGCGCAGUACCAAUACUCAAACACGCUAGAUCGCUAUCUGGGUCGCAAUCCGGACGGUUCCUCCGGGUACUACGGAUGGAACGAAAGGCCCUACGAUCGCUAUCGAAGAUCCCUGCUCGAGCAGACGUUUGCCGAGGAACGGUCGGAAGAGGACGAACGUAGCAAGUGGUUGAGUGGGGAAGCGUUCAACAUAAGCCAUCACAGUAGCUGGGAACACUUUCACCAUUAUCGGGAUCGAAGGGCACUGUUCAGCCAUCUGGAGGAAACCAUCGGCGCAAUCACCGGUAUGCACAUGAAGGAGUGCAUUCUUCGGAGCAUAUGCGAGGCAAAGAACAUGCUGCCACCACCGGGCCGGUCGAUGGCAAUGGACAUCUUUCGUGUGCUGUUUAGCUACCCGCUCAACGAGGCGCUUAGCGACGAUUACAGCAAUGCGAUGCGCGAUGACAACAUCGAUUGCCGGGGACGAUACGGCAAAGCGUGCCCGAUGAGUCUGCUGGAGUUGCUUCUGUUCGGAAAGUUUCAAACAUAA